AUGCCACCAAUUCGACCGAGUCUUGUGCUCACCAAGCAGGAUAUCAUCGACGGAUUGUCCGAGCUUGAUGUUGCUUUCGACGCUUCGGAACUGCUCAUGAGUGUGGCCCCAAUUCGCUUCGUCACAAUUGGAGGCAUGCUGGCUGUUUCACUCUUUCAAAACCGCACCACGACCAAAGACAUUGACUUCCUCCUUGAUCCAAAUGUGGAUGCCGUGGAUGACUAUCGAAACGAAAUACUGAGGGUGAUCCAGGGCGUCGCCAGAAAAAAGGGCUUCAAUAGCGAUUGGAUGAAUGACGACCUUAAAAUCUUCAUUCAAAACUCUAAUAGGCUGAACAUCUUCUUGCAAUCCGUCGAGCAGGGAAUCAUCGUCUAUCAAGGUCAGAACCUCAUCGUCUAUGCUGGACGCCUAGACUUCGCCCUGGAGCGCAAGCUUCGUCGUGUCGAUGAGAGGAGCAGGAUUAGGUCACGCGAAAUUGACCUCUCCGAUGCCGUGACGUUGGUUCAUUACAUUAAAGGCGACGGUCAUCCUCUCAGCUGGCAGUACGUCCAAGGGUUGGAUGAGAACGGCCGGGGAAUGGGAGUCGGCGAUGCUGGAAUCCAAGCUGUCGCUACUGAAUACAUAAGAGUGUACCGUGUCCAGGGAAUAGUUGAGAUGGUAUGGGAUGAGGAAUUCGAGCGCUGGAGAUAUAUCGACCUGGAAGGUGAGUGGACAUGGGUUUAG